CGGCGGGCGAGCCCUCCCCGCGGCCCCGCCCCGCUUCCGGCGGCGGCGCUGAGGGGAGGAGGAGCCGCGCCGCCGCCGCCCCCUGCCCCGGGCCAGCCCCGGGGAUGGUGUUGGCCACGGCAGCUGGGCCCUGACGCCGCGCUCAGAUUGAAGACAGCAGUAAUGCUAACUCUGGCAAGCAAGUUGAAGCGGGAUGAUGGUGUCAGAGGACCCCGUGCAUCCAAUCCAGCUUCUGAUUCUACUCGGAGGGUGUCUGUUCGAGAUAAAUUACUUGUUAAAGAGGUUGCAGAACUUGAAGCUAAUUUACCUUGUACGUGUAAAGUGAACUUUCCUGACCCAAACAAACUUCAUUACUUUCAGCUAGCUGUAAUCCCAGAUGAGGGCUAUUACCAAGGUGGAAAGUUUCAGUUUGAAAUUGAAGUUCCGGAUGCCUACAAUAUGGUGCCUCCAAAGGUAAAAUGCUUGACAAGAAUCUGGCAUCCAAACAUUACAGAGACGGGAGAAAUCUGCCUAAGUUUAUUGAGAGAACAUUCAAUUGAUGGCACUGGCUGGGCUCCAACUAGAACAUUAAAGGAUGUUGUCUGGGGGUUAAACUCUUUAUUUACUGAUCUUUUGAAUUUUGAUGAUCCUUUGAAUAUUGAGGCUGCAGAACAUCAUUUUCGUGACAAGGAGGACUUUCGGAAUAAAGUUGAAGAUUACAUUAAGCGCUAUGCGAGAUGAUGAAGGGAGAUGGAUGGCAGGACCAUGGCUUCCGCACUAGAGUUGUCCUUAACUUCAACAACAACAACGAAACCAGCCCGGAUUGUACUAGUCCUGUGUCCAUGUUGUACUGAAGAAGAAAACUAACUUCAUAACUUGUCCAUGUUAAAAGGAGAGUUCAGCAUAAAUACAGCAAGAAAUUGUUUAUGUUGGUUGAAAAAGUUGUUUGCUUACUUUUAAAAAUGUUUACUCUUCUGAACUGUACUGUAUAUCCUGUUGAUGAGAUAUGCUUGAGAAGUUAAAAGAAAUCACUAUGAAAAUUGUAAUUACACUUUUUUUUUAACUCUUGCUUAGUUUGGAGGGGGAAGGAAAAAAAAAAAAAAAACAACAAACAAACAAACAGAAAAGGUGGCGUGUUUUUGGAACACUUCAAGUUGGCAAUAAAAUGGUCUCCUGUGAACCAAA